CCCGGAUCACCGCGGCCCGUGCUCGCCCGGCCGCUUCCGGUGGGGCCUUCCCUCUCGGCAGCGGCUCGCUCGCGCGCUGCUCUCGGCGGGCGGCCUCAUGCAGGCGGAGCGCGGGGCUCGGGGCGGCCGCGGGCGGCGGGGAGGCCGGGAGCGGCCCGGAGGGGACCGAGAGUCGGCCGGAACCGCGGCGGCGCUGGCGAGAGGAGGCUGCGGGGACGGAGGCGGCCGGCGGGGCCGAGGCCGGGGCUUCCGCGGAGGCCGAGGAGGCGGCGCCCCGCGUGGCGGCCGCCGGGAGCCGGGAGGCCGCGGUCGCGGCGGCGGAGUCAGCACACGGGUGGAAGAUGAUAGUGAUUCAGAGACCCAUGGAGAAGAGAACGACGAGCCAGGAAAUUUUUCUAGAAGGAAGAUUGUCUCUAACUGGGAUCGAUAUCAAGAUACCGAAAAAGAAGUCAGUGAUGAAAGUGGAGAAUCCCAGCGGGGGACAGAUUUCAGUGUCCUCUUGAGCUCUGCAGGGGACUCCUUCUCACAGUUCCGAUUUGCUGAAGAGAAGGAAUGGGAUGGUGAAACAUCAUGUCCAAAACAGAAUUCAUCACUCUACUUGGACAGUGAGUCACUGGUUCGAGCCCUUCAACAGCUGCCCCUCUCAGUCCGGCUUAACGUUGCUGCAGAGUUGAUCCAGACCACAGUUCCCUUAGAACUUCCACAGGUGAAACCAAGGAGACCCGAGGAUGGCAAGGAACCGGGCAUGCAGUUAAGGGGACCCAUCUCUGAGCUCAGAUCUGCUGCUGGUAGUUGUUCCAGGUCUCUGGGCAAAGACAGUUUAAGACCAAGCCCUCUAGAAGGUUUGCAGAAAGCCCCCUUCCCGCCACACUCGGAGGCAGACCAUCUGGAAGAUGAACUGGACAUGCUGCUGCACUUAGAUGCACCUGUGAAAGAGGACAACAGACCCUGUCUGGACCAGACGUCUCAGGACCAGGAGCCAGAAAGAGAUGGGCAGGUGGCCCAGGAGGAAACAGUUCCUGAAAAGUCAUCCAUGACUGGAGAGAAAACUGUGGAGCCUGAACAGACAAGGACAUCCAAAAAUGUCACCGAGGAAGAGCUGGAAGACUGGCUGGACAGCAUGAUUUCCUGAGGAGGGGAAGGGGUACCAAGGGGGAAUAUGGGCCUGAAGCAAAUUUUGGUUGCCUUCUAAGUGAGGGUGAGCUAAUUUACCAGAAUAUCCCACGCUAACAUGUACUGUUAAUGCCUACAGCAGCCAAUGCCUACCUCUGUUUCCGAUGGCAUCUGAAUACAUGUAUGAGGCUUG